AUGGAAACAGGAGCAGUUUUAAAGAUUUUGAAAGAACGAAACAAUGACUUAUCAACAAGGUUGCAAAGAUUACAAAAGCUCGACAGCAAAAUUGAUGCGAGUAUUGAGAAUUUGCAAAAAUUAUAUGAAGUUUUAUUGCAAUCUCAAGAAGCAAAAUGCGCAGAAAUGGUAGAAUUCGAUGAAGAAAUCAAAGAAAUCAAUAAAAAACUAUUUCCUUCACAUUCAACUAACAAAAAUAUUGUUAGAAAAAAAGAUGAAAAUCAAAAACUCUUAGUCGCCCAGAUUAAUCAUGUUUUAUCAUUAGACGAUACAGAAUCUGUUAAAUAUUUGAUCAAUGGAGAUCCAACACUGAAUAUAUUAUCAACUGAUGUUGAGACUAUUAACGCAUUCAUCAAAAAAUACGAAUCUUUUCUGCUAUAA